AUGCCCGUUGCACACGAUGAACUCUUCGUAAUAAGAGAGCUUCUGAGCGUCGGCCGAGUGGAGGUGUUCAGCGACGCUUACGGAAGUCGAUGCAUGAAAAGUAGUAGUAAUAGUAGUGGUAGCACUAGCAAUAGCAGUAGUAGUAGUAAUGGUGGUAGCACGAGCAAUAGCAGUAGUAGUAGCACGAGCAAUAGCAGUAGUAGUAGUAGUAGUAGUGGUAGCACGAGCAAUAGCAGUAGUAGUAGUAGUAGUGGUGGUAGCACGAGCAAUAGCAGUAGUAGUAGUAGUAGCACGAGCAAUAGCAGUAGUAGUAGUAGUAGCACGAGCAAUAGCAGUAGUAGUAGUAGUAGUGGUAGCACGAGCAAUAGCAGUAGUAGUAGUAGUAGUAGUGGUAGCACUAGCAAUAGCAGUAGUAAUAGUAGUGGUAACACGAACAAUAGCAGUAGUAGUAGUAGUAGUAGUGGUGGUAGCACGAGCAAUAGCAGUAGUAGUAGUAGUGGUAGCACGAGCAAUAGCAGUAGUAGUAGUAGUGGUGGUAGCACGAGCAAUAGCAGUAGUAGUAGUAAUAGUAGUGGUAACACGAGCAAUAGCAGUAUUAGUAGUAGUAGUAGUAGUGGUAGCACGAGCAAUAGCAGUAGUAGUAGUAGUGGUGGUAGCACGAGCAAUAGCAGUAGUAGCAGUAGCAGUAGUGGUAGCACGAGCAAUAGCAGUAGUAGUAGUAGUAGUGGUGGUGGUAGCACGAGCAAUAGCAGUAGUAGCAGUAGCAGUAGUGGUAGCACGAGCAAUAGCAGUAGUAGUAGUAGUAGU